AAGUCUUGGUUGAGGUCAAGCAUUGUUUGAAUCUGUUGCUAAUGGUUUCCCGGGGAAACGGCAGUCCUACCCUCCUAGUUGGCUGCAGCGUCUUCAGAGCGGCAUCUCUAGACACAGCAGAGAGGUAUCUUGUGGCACUGGGGAAGGGGGGGCCCAACCCCCCCAGAAAAACAAUGUCGUGGGAAAAGGAGACGAGAACGCGACAUCUUUGAGAACCCUUCCAGAGAAUGAAGAAACAUACCGCAAGAGUGGCACCGUUAGAACCUUUCGGUAUUGCCACGCUAAAUGCACCUAGAGCAGACGGUGCCUCCCGAUCCUCUGUCGUCCGAUGCAAGCCAGGAGGCCGCUGCCCCAAUGCCCAGGGGGGCAUCCGCAGGCAGCUCUCGCCUUUGACUGCUGCUGAAGAUUCUGUGGCUCCUAUUCUUGAGCUACAAAGUCGGAGCCCCUCGGGAUUUUGCCGGCACGGCAGAGGAGAGAGGCGGACCAGAUCAGGAGAAGAUGGGACGCAAGCCCACGGCGAAACCUCCAGCCAGGAGAGCCACGCGCAGACCCGGUGCGAAUCCUGCAAGUCCACAGUUCUCAAGAUCGUCUGGGGCUUCCUGAUCAUCUUGUCAGUCUCCUCCUCGUGGGUGGGGACCACGCAGAUCGUCAAGAUCACCUACAAGAACUUUGAUUACCCCUUUUUCAUGACUUGGUUUUCAACAAACUGGAACAUUAUGUUUUUCCCCGUUUAUUAUUCCGGGCACUUGGCAACCGCACAGGAAAAGCAAUCUCCAAUUAAAAAAAUCAGGGAAUGCAGUCGGAUCUUCGGGGAAGACGGUCUGACGCUGAAACUCUUUCUUAAAAGGACAGCUCCCUUUUCUAUUCUCUGGACUUUGACUAACUACCUUUACCUGCUCGCCCUGAAGCGGCUGACGGCCACGGACGUUUCAGCCCUCUUCUGCUGCAACAAGGCCUUCGUCUUCCUGCUCUCCUGGAUCGUGCUGAAGGACAGGUUCAUGGGUGUAAGGAUCGUGGCUGCAAUAAUGGCCAUCACUGGGAUCGUGAUGAUGGCGUACGUCGACGGCUAUCCUGGCGAGUCCAUUCUCGGUGUGGCCUACGCUGUCGGAUCCGCCUCGACUUCGGCGCUGUAUAAGGUUUUGUUCAAGAUGUUCCUCGGGAGUGCCAACUUCGGGGAAGCCGCCCAUUUCAUUUCCACCCUCGGCUUCUUCAACCUUGUCUUCCUCUCCUUUACGCCCAUCAUCUUGUAUUUCACGAAAGUGGAGUACUGGUCCCCCUUUUCCGCCGUGCCCUGGGGCUACCUGUGCGGCAUCGCAGGCCUCUGGCUAGCUUUUAACAUUUUGGUGAAUGUUGGCGUCGUGCUGACGUACCCCAUCUUAAUAUCGAUCGGGACGGUGCUGAGCGUUCCCGGCAAUGCAGCUGUCGAUCUGCUCAAAGACGAAAAGAUCUUCAGCGCCGUGCGGCUGGGAGCAACCGUCACCAUCUGCCUGGGGUUCCUGCUGAUGCUACUUCCGGAGGAAUGGGACGAGAUCACCCUCAGAUUCAUCAACAGCCUGAAGGAGAAGAAAAGCGAAGACCACCCUGAGGACGUCACGGACUCCAGCAUGCCUUUCAGGAGUCGAAGCAGAGCCAACGGGACAGUGUCGAUCCCGCUGGCUUAGGACUGGCAACCCUUUUCGCUCCGCAGGAAUGUAUAUUCUGUGAAUAAGAUUUGAUUUAAAAAAAAAAAAACUUCUCGCCGACCUGUAUGCUAAAAACGGACAGAUUAUCUAAAGCCAGAGAGGGCCUGUCGACUCCACGCUGAACACAUCUGUACAGAACUGUUUGCAUUUAUACAUAGAUCUGAGCGCAGAUGCAUAUAAAUGGGAAUAAAUUCCUUUUCUUAAGAAAAGAAA